CGAACGCAGAAGACUCAAACACCUGCUGCCAUCAUGCCUGUAUCUUCACGAUUAGAAGAGACUCAGCAGCUGACCUCUCCGUAUAAGAGCUUGCACGAUAACUAUGUGUCCAAUAAGCGAAGCUCAAAGUGGCCCAUUGCUGCUCUGUUGGGAGCUGGAUGUUUGAUUGUUUUAGGGAUUUUACUGGCCAUGGCUGUAAUAGAGAGAUUAAAGAAUAAAGAUGAAAUUAAUGCAGCUCUGAAUUCACAUCCAACUGUGGCGUGCUAUGAUCAAACAUCCUCUGAUGAACAGAGCAGUAUCAUUCUGGUUGAGAGUAUCCCUUGCUGUAUGGACAUUGGGAGCAAUGUCACCUUUGGGAAAAAUCUGUAUGAAGCCUGGACGGAUCUUCUGUCUUUGGCCACCAAACAGAUCGACGUUGCAUCUUUCUACUGGACUCUUACAGGCGAAGAUAUAAACGUCAACUCAUCCACGGACAGACCUGGCAGGGAUAUAUUAGAACGUUUUAAAGUGUUACCAUCUAGAAAUAUAUCAGUGAGAGUGGUGGCCAGCAUCCCUACUUUGUCUCCCAAUUCAACAGAUUUAAAAAUCUUGAAGGAAAAUGGAAUACAGGUAAGAAGAGUGAACUUUGGGCAUUUGACUAAAGGAAUUCUUCACACAAAAUUCUGGAUUGUGGACAGAAAACACCUGUACAUCGGCAGCGCCAACAUGGACUGGCGCGCUUUAACCCAGGUGAAAGAACUGGGUGUGGUGAUUUAUAACUCCAGUAGUUUGGCUACUGACCUGCAAAAGAUCUUCCAGUCGUAUUGGGAGAUGGGUCGCUCCAACGCUUCAAUCCCUGAUCCGUGGCCGUCCCGCUACGACACCGGCAUCAAUAAAGAGCGCCCGCUGCUGGUCAACCUCAGCGGUGCACCCAGUCAAGUUUACAUUGCGGCGUCUCCACCUGCGUUCUGUCCGGACUCUCGAACCCGAGACCUCGAUGCCAUUCUGUCAAUCAUCAGAGACGCGCAGUGGUUCAUUCAUGUGACCGUCAUGGAGUUUUACCCCGCCUCAAAGUUCUUUCACCUGCACGGAUACUGGCCGGUCAUUGAAGAUGCUCUGAAGCAGUCGGCCUUUGAGAGGAACGUGUCCGUGCGUUUAUUGGUCAGCUGUGGGCGAGACACAGACCCGUCCGUUUGGCCGUUCCUCAAGUCACUUGAUGCCCUUCACUCCCCGAGAGACAACAUCAACAUUGAAGUGAAAGUGUAUGUCAUUCCAGUCGGAAACCAGUCACACAUUCCCUAUGCCAGAUUCAGCCACAACAAAUACAUGGUGACUGAUAAAGUGGCGUAUAUAGGGACGUCUAACUGGUCAGCUGACUACUUCAACACGACCGCUGGAGUGGGAUUGGUGGUUUCCCAGGAUGUUUUGCCUUCCGGAUUGCCGGGUAACACGUUGCACGGGCAGUUGAAUGCCGUGUUUGACAGAGACUGGAUUUCACAAUAUGCGAUUCGGCUCGAUGAGCUCGACCAAGACCACGACUGUCUCCUCCCCAAAUCUACUCCAUAAACACUUCUCAAACCAAACGGUUCAAAUAACUAAAAUAGUGCCAAAUACACUUUAUAAUAAGAUUACAUUUGUUAAUAUUAGUUAAAGCAUCAGGUAUCAUGAACUAACAAUAACCAACAUAUAUAUAGAG